AUGGGGAGCAGGGCUCCUAGUGGGCUGCCCCUGGUGCAAACCCCCUACACAGUCCUGCUGCUGCCACUAGAGACAAGCCGCCAAGACCCAGGGGCUCGGAGCUUCUUCCUCUGGCUUCAGAGGAUGCAGGCUCUGGAGCGAGAACAGGAUGCCCUGUGGCAGGGGCUGGAGCUGCUGGAGCAAUGCCAGGCCUGGUUCGGGGGCCAUCUGAGGGAGGCACAGUGGAAGCAGCUGCAUCUGGGGGCCCUUGGUGAGAAUUUUCUAACAGAUUUACACUCAAAUCCUUGUGGCCCCCCGUUAUCCCAGAUUCAAAAGGUGAACAUCUAUUUGCAGAAUCUGAUUCAGAGGAAGGAAUUCUCAAGGCAGCAGAAAGGAGUCAUCCAGCCAAAGGAGGAAAAGGUUGAGCCCAAGGGGCAGAGAGGCCCUACCCUUGUCUAGGGCCUCCUCCCACUC